CCUCAUUCUCUUUAUCUUUUUUUUUUUUAUUAUUUUUAAAUGUCAUGUCCGUUACACUAGUAGAAACAUCACGAUUGGGUUCUUUAAGUACUCUUCAAGAACCUUUGAGUGAAAAAAAUGAACCAUCUAUGUUAUUAACUCUUUGGAGAAGGUUUCAGAACCCAGUUGGAAAUCCAGAUCCAAGUUCAUUUUCCUCCACCAAGAAAAAUGUCAUUUUACUCAUGGUAGCCGUUGGAUCAGGAUUAUCACCAAUAUCAGCAACUAUCUAUUAUCCUGCUAUCUUCAAUAUACAAUCAGAAUUUCAUGCAUCCGAUAUUCUCAUGAAUGCCACCAUUUCAAUUUUUACCUUUUCAACUGCAAUCUUUCCAUUAUUCUGGGCGCGUCUUGGUGAAAAAUAUGGUCGACGACAUACCUAUUUGAUAUCGUUUUUCAUCGCUAUUAUUGGAAACGUAUGUUGUGCUCUUGCUGUCAAUAUGCCUAUGUUCUUGGUAUUUAGAGGUGUAGCCGCCAUUGGAUCCUCUUCAGUCAUGUCAAUGGGUGCCGGCACUUUAGGUGAUAUUUUUGAUGCUCAUGAACGUGGACGUGCAAUGGCUUGGUAUACAGCACCACCACUUUUGGGACCAGCAUUAGGACCAGUAGUUGGAGGGGCAUUGAAUCAAAAAUUUGGUUGGCGAAGUAAUUUUUGGUUUGUAGUAGCAGCAACUAGUUUGGUUUGGUUAGCCAUGAUCUUUUUUUUACCUGAAACAAGUCGACGAACAGCAUCCAUGGAUAAUUCUAUGAAUAAGAAAAGAAAACGACCAAAUCCUUUUGCAGCCUUGGCCAUGUACAAAUACCCAAAUAUUGCUUUAACGAUAUGUUUCACUGGAAUACUCUAUAUGGUUUUCUUUACAGUGAAUACCAUCUUUACCCGUACUUAUUCCCAACAAUAUGGACUGGAUACUACAGUGACAGGAUUAUGUUAUCUUCCUAUGGCAGCUGGAACUGUAAUUGGAGCCAUGGUGGGUGGACAAUGGUCAGACCGAAUGUAUAAUCGUCAAGUAGCCUUAGCCAAUGGUGAAUCCAAUCCAGAAAUGCGACUAGGAGGAUGUGUAUUUUAUGCAGGUAUUGUCCUUCAGUGUAUUGCCUUUGUUGUUUAUGGUUGGUGUGUUCAAGCAAAUGUAUUUUGGGGGUAUGGUCUCCUUUGUCUCUUUUUCGCUGGUAUUGGAUUGAUGGUACCGUACGUUACAUUGGGGACUUAUAUGGUAGAUUGUUUCAGAGCAAAAGGCGCGUCUGUCACUGGUAAUCAUGUAAUAAUUUGGCAAGAUACGGAUUGGCUGGAAUUGGAUCUUUAUUUGCUUCUCAAAUCCAAAAUGCUCUUGGAAAUGGUAUUUUGUUUACUGUGUGUGGUUGUUUGAUCUUACUUACAUCUGUUAAUUUGAUCAUUACCAAAAAGAUGGGUGUU